UUCAAAACUCAGACCGCGGCCGUGUUGUGUUUUUGUCUUAAGUUAGCUAACAGUUAGCACACAGACUAAAUACUGCUACCAAUACUUUUCCCUCACCUAAUGUUCCACACAUAACUGCCAGAAUGAUGGAAUCAUGCCUGGACAACAAGGCUGACAUACGGGAACAUGUAGAAGUCGACGAUUUGAAGAGAGAUCUCUCAUCGGAAUUCAGCCCAAUACCAGACGUGCAGCAUUCCAGCAUUGAGGAGAGAGAGCACCUUCAGGUCUACCUCCGUAUCCGACCCUUCAGCUCGGAGGAGAACACUAAUGGAGAGUCACAGGACUGCGUUACCAUUGAGUCCCCAGACACCGUUCUGCUGAGGCCUCCCAGGUUGUCCCUCUCGGCGAGGCUCAGUGCUGACAAGUCACUUCCACAGACCGGACAGCGCUUUCAGUUCUCUCAGGUGUUUGGUCCUGAGACAAUGCAGAAAGAGCUCUUUCAAGGCACAGUAAAGGAUUUGGUCAAAGAGGUUCUCGAAGGGGGGAACUCUCUGGUUUUCACUUAUGGAGUCACCAACGCCGGCAAGACCUUCACAUUCUUAGGUCCAGAUGAUGAUGCUGGUGUCCUGCCCAGGUCUCUCCAAGUCAUUUUCAACAGCAUUGAGGAACAGGUUUUUACUGAGAUGAGCGUCAAACCUCAACGCUGCCGAGAGUUUACCAAGCUCACCAGGGAGCAGCAGAUUGAGGAAGUGACGUACAAGAGAAACUUCUUCAGUCAAUUUAAAGAGAGUGAGAAGAGCAAUUCCAGCCUGUUGAACUCCACCAACAAGACUCUUCUUGAAGGGUCCUCCAUGCUCGGCAUGACUGUAGCAGCAGAGGACAAAAUCAGCUUGCCAGUAGAAGCCCACACCAAGUUCUCUGUUUGGGUUUCUUUCUGUGAAAUCUACAAUGAGAACAUUCACGACCUCCUUGAGGUGGCACCCAACGCAGCGACGAGGAGGACGGCGCUGCGUCUGUCACAGGACGUCAAGGGCAACGCCUUUGUCAGAGAUCUGCGAUGGAUUCAGGUAAAUAGUGCAGAAGAGGCUUACAAAGUGAUGAAGCUGGGCAAGAAGAACCAGAGCUUCUCCUCCACCCGGCUCAACCAGCUCUCCAGUAGGAGUCACAGUAUUUUCUCCAUUCGGAUAUUGAGGAUUGAAGACAUUGGGUCUCUGAGGGUCCACGCAGUCAGCGAGUUGUGUCUGUGUGACCUGGCUGGAUCGGAGCGAUGUGCUAAGACCCAGAAUAGAGGAGAGCGCCUCAAAGAAGCCGGAAACAUCAACACCUCCCUGCUCAUCCUGGGAAAAUGCAUCAACGCGCUACGACACAAUCAGCAGGCCAAGCUGCUCCAGCAUGUUCCCUUCAGGGAAAGCAAGCUGACUCACUACCUGCAGAGCUUCUUCCGUGGUCGAGGAAAGGCCUGUAUGAUCGUCAACAUCAACCAGUGUGCCUCCAUGUACGAUGAGACUCUGAAUGUCCUCAAGUUCUCCGCUGUGGCACAGAAGGUCGUGGUCCUGUCUACCAGGCCCCCUCCCAUCGUCUUGCCCGAGAGGUCCGCCGGGGAGAUAUCCUUCAUCAUCAACAAUGCGGAGAGAAAGACGAGGAGGAGCUCCGCGAUUGGCUGGGAUACGAGCCUGGAAGACGUACAGGAGGAUGAUGAUGAUGAUGAUGCUGAGGAAGAAAACAGCCUAAUGGAAGUCACAAUGGAUCAGACAGCCAUUGAAGAAGAAGCUGAUGACAAAAACCAGAGGUAUUUGGCACUUUUGAAACAGCUGCAGAUGCAGCUGAAGAAGGAGCGAGCAGAGAGUCUGCUCAUGGAGGCGCGACUCAGAGAGGAAAUCAGCAGGGAGUUCUCAGAGAUCUUCUCCGAGAUGCAGAUUGACUAUAAUGACCGUCUGGCGAGGGAGAGCGACAUCUUAGAGGAGCGAGCAGAGAGGAGGAUGGAGAUCUUCAAGGGCCUGGUGGGGAAAAUGGCCAAAGCUGGACCCAGUCUAGAGGCCCAGGUCAUGGACGCAUCUCUGGACUCCCACUCGCCUGAAAUGGAAGGCACAAACAAUGCAGCUGAGCCUGCUCGUUCCUGUCUGGGUUCAGUCCGAGCAGAGGCUCAGGAAGAGAGGGGAGAAACAGCCAGUGGAUUAGAGAGCGAAGAGAAAAGCAGGCUUCUCUCUCAGCUCCAGGAGAAGUCGUCCGAGAUCGACCGGCUGGAGAAAAAAGUGAGAGACCUGCAGCAUUUGGCAGAGCUGAACUGCACCUCGCUGCCGGAGGAGGGGAGUUCACGUGAGAAGGAGCGGCUGCAGGAGGCGAUUACUGUCGAGAAGGAAAAGCGAGGCAGAGAAGACUCCAAUUUGGAUUACCGGACUAUGGAAAGAGAUGAGGCAAUGGCAUCCUUACAGGAAGAGAUUAAAGCAAAGGAGGAGGCCCUUGCCAAACUCCGUGAGCUACAGCAGAGCAAAGAGGAGGUGCAAGCAUCCCUUAGAGAAGAGAAGGAAGGUAACAAGAAAGCCAUGGCAGCCCUCGAAGCUGAAAGGAGAGCCAAGGAGGAGUCCAUGGCAGCCCAUUCCGAGGAGAAACAUGGCAGACUGGACAUAAUUGCUGCCCUUGGUCAAGAGAGGAGCAGCAAAGAGGAGGCUCAGUCUGCUCUGCAGGCGGAGAGAGAGAAGAGGCAACAGGAGGCCGAUGCUCUUCGCCACGAAGUCAGAGAGCUCGCUGCCAGACUGGAUGCUUCAGAGCACCAGGUGACGAGCCACACAGAGAGAGCUGAACAAGUGUUGAUCCAACUACAAACUGCUCAGGCACAACUGGACAAACGCUCCAUCGAAGUCCUGGAGAAAACCUCGCAGAUCCACACCCUGAUCCAAGAAGUUCAAAGCCUGAAACAGGAACUGCAGACCACAGCGGCUUCGUCUGACGGUGUUAAUGAUCAGCUGAUGGAGGAAGUGUCCCUGCUCAGGAUUAAUCUGGCUGAGGAAAAGGAGAAAAAUGAGAGCAAAGACAGAAUAAUACUAGAACUUAACCACCAGUUUGAGUGCCAAGAAAAAGCUUCAAAAGCAUUAGUAAAUGAGUUGAGUGCAAAACGCGAGGAACCAAAUUUGUACUUGGAGAAUUUCAAAAUAGACCUAGAGGAACAAAAAGCUGAAGAACUCAAGGCCGAAGUAGAAGAAACUUAUUCUUCUGGUUCUGCUACCAAAGAGGAUCUGAAGAAGUCAAACUCUGAUCUCCAGACUGAAAUUGCAUUCCUGAAGUCAAAGCUUUGCAACAUGGAGGAAACUCGCGACAAAACUGAAGCUCAGCUCGCCUCGUCACAAUUUGAAAGCAUGCUAAAAGAAAACAACAAACAGAUAGAGGAGAAGCUAGCCCAGGCAGCGAACGUGUCUGCAGAGCUGCAGAAAAAGCUGCUGGAAAAAGCCGCAGAGGUAACAUCUCUGCAGAAGAGGCUGGAGAAGGCACAGGAGCAGCGGGAGGAGCAGGAGAUCCAGGCGGUCCAGGAGGCUCGACGCAGGGAGGGGGAGAGGCGCCGGGAGCUGCUGGCUGUGGCGCACGAGGCCAUUGCUCAGAAGGACUCUGAGCUGGAGAAGAAAGCCGAGGAGAUCAGCAGACUAAAAGAGAACAGCAAGCAGGACUCUGACAAAGUCAAGAGCCUCAGCCUCGACCUCCAGAGGAAGGAGGACGAUACUUCAGACCUCCGAGAGAAACUAGCCGACUACAAGAAGCAGGUGCAGCAGGUCCAGAAGGAGAUAUCUGCCAUGAGAGAAGAAGAAAAGCUUUUGAAGCAAAAGCUGGCUGACCUGGAGAAAGCCAAAAGGCAGCUUCAGUCUGACGUCGCCAAUAGAGACAGAACCAUCCAGCUACUCAAAGUGGAGCAAUCAUCUGACACCAAGUCUGACCAGGUGCGCUACCAGAAGGCCUGUAAAGACCUUGAAACCAAGGAGCUUGUAAUGGAAGACAUGCGUUUAGCUCUGACUGAGCAGGAGGAGACGCAGGACCAGAUGGAGCAGGUCUUGGAGGAGAAACUUAACCUCAUCCAGGAACUGUCUAGUGAGGUGGAGAAAUUGAAAGGGAUUCUACUGCAGCAGGACCGACGCGGAAACGCCACACACUUUGAGGUAGAUACGCCAUCAGAUGCCCUCAAACUUGCCAAACAAGAAACCGCCCAGGUGCAGGAAAGCUUGAAGCUGUGCGCAGAGAAACACCAGGCCGAACGCAAAAAGUGGCUGGAGGAAAAGCUGUCCCUGAUUGGCCAAGCCAAAGAGGCCGAGGACAAGAGGAACCAGGAAAUGAGGAAGUUUGCCGACGACAGAGAACGCUACGCUCGACAGCAGAGCCAGUUGGAGUCCACUUCGUCCCAGCUGGCUGAGAAAGACCAGACCAUGGAGAAAUGGAGGAAGGAGAGAGACACCCUGGUGGCAGCUUUGGAGGUCCAGCUACAGAAGCUUCUCUCCGGCCAAGCAGAGAAAGACAAACUCAUCCAACAGCUGCAAAAAAAGGAUGAGCAGCCGCCACAAGAGUGUGAUGGCGGUGAUGGUGGCGUCCGUGUAGCAGAGCUGCAGGCUGCUCUGUGUGAAAGGGAGGCCCAGAUCCUCCGACUGAAGGAAGAGCUCGAGGCCUUCGCCGCCAAACAGGAUGCAGGCGCGCAGAUUGAAAGCCACGUGAGCCCUGCUGCGGCGGUCGGGAAACCACAGUGUGAAACCAUUAACAGGAAAUCGGGAGGAAGGAGGGAAACCAGAGCCUCAGGAAGCAGUCAGGGCUCGGCUGGCUUUCCGUCAGUGCUAGACUCCUCUGAGAUUUCCACAGAGAACGGCAGGACGAGCCGCUUCCCCCGGCCCGAGAUGGAGAUCUCCUUCAGCCCGCUGCAGCCCAACCGCAUGGCUUUGAGACGCCAGGGAGAGGAGAGCGCUGUGACCAUCAAAAUCACACGAUCGGCACGCAAGAGGAAGAGCGGGGAGAUGGAGACGUCUCACAUUUUUAGGAGGAGUAAACGACCAACGACACGUCAGGAAGAGAUGGCGGCAGAGAACAAGAGGAACAUGCGGACCAAACUGACCCCACACAAAGAGGAGAUCCCGUCUCCAGCUGGUCGCCAUGACUCCCAGAGCAGCAUCCGCAGCAAAAAGGAAGGAACUCUGCAGAAGAUCGGAGACUUCCUGCAGGGCUCCCCCACGCUGCUCGGAAGCAAAGCCAAGAAGAUGAUGAGUCUGGUGAGCGGUCGGGGGGAUGCGGCCUCCUCUUCGUCGCUCAGUCUGAGAGCGAAGAAGAACAAGAAGAAACUCUACAGGCCUGAAAUCUCCUCCCCCAUGGACAUGCCGUCCCACCCAAUAAUCAGCAGAGAGCCAGAGGAGAAGGAGAGUGACCAUCACAUCAUUAAGAGGCGCCUUCGCUCCAGGCUGGUUAAAUAAUUGAGUGUGUGGUAAACACUUAACUGAAUGAAGGAGGCAUUUGGGUGCCUACACGCUUUCUUUUUGCCUCUUGGCGGGUGAGAAAUCCCCAAACUUAACUCAGAACUCUGUUAUUUUAUUUAAUCGAAAAAUCGAAUUCACAAGUAAUAUGUGGCUAUAAUUUCUGUACUGUGUGUUUUGUAUUUGUGGGCUGAUCUCAGAUAAGCUAAAGAGACGCCGACUAAAUGGAUCCAUCAACAAAACUGAACAUGACUUACUUUACUCGUGCGUUUAGGGGCAGAUGUGAGGUGAAACGGUUUAUCCAUCAGCUCUCUGCCCACAUGUACAACCAGAGGCUUAAUGCACACAAAUUAAGAGUCUAAACCUCCUUGUUAUUUUCCCGGGUGAUGCUAUUUCACCAUGAAGCGACUCCAGAGUCACUGAUUCUCAAUUGGAUCAUAGGCACAAGUUUGUGCAUCUUCUCCACUUUAUAGGCAAGUUACACUGAGACUUUGUCUUUAUUUUGAUGUGCAAUGUUUAUUUGAUGUAAGCUACAACAGUUAUAUUUAAGUUUCAUCUUCCAAUCCUCUCCAUGUUUGUUUGUUU